GCAGUAAACAGUGAUACAGGUACUUCACAUUUCUCGAUUGUUCUAAGUAUUUGUGAUGUAUAACACAUGUUGUACUAGUCUUGUUGUACUAGUUCUGUACCGUGAAUGUUUCCUGGGAGUUUAAUGUAUACACGUGGAUUAAUAAGUAGUAUGAAUUGUUCAAAAAUCAGUGUUAAACCUUGACCCGGUGAGCGAUAAAAGCCGUUUUAUCAAGUUCACCUAAUGUACAUUGUCAAAUGGUGCAUGUUUAUUGAAUAAAUGCAUGAAGUGGAUUUAAUUUAGCCACAUAGAACCAAGAGCAGACAAAAAAUGUCGGAGUGUCGAGUUCUCAUCGCUAUGGAUGGUAGUGAAGAUGCCGCCAUGGCACUUAAAUACUAUGUGGAGAAUAUCCAUAGACCUGGUUACUACGUUAUUCUGGCCCAUUGUGCAGAGUACAUGAAUGUUAACUUUGGAAUGGUUUCCCUGUCACAGGCAGACCCUACAAUAGUAGAGCGAACAGUAAACGAGGAAGAAAAACGAAUCCACGCUCUCAUUGAACAACUGAACAAAAUUCUGGAAUCCCACAAUUUAAGCGGUGAAGUGGUUCGCAUUCAAGGUGAAGGCAAUCCUGGUCAUGACAUAAUUCACAAAGCAAAGGAGAAGAAAGCGGACAUGAUAGUGACGGGGUCACGUGGUAUGGGUAAAUUAAGACGAACUUUUAUGGGCAGUGUGAGUGACUUCUUGGUUCAUCAUUCCCACAUCCCUGUCCUCGUGUGUAAGCACGAAAAACACGAACAGCAACACUGAUUAGUGUACAUCUUAACUAUAUUUUGAUAUAUACUACAUUCUACAUUA